CAGGACCCUGAUGAAGAAAUUGCUCAGAUGGAGAUGAGUAGAAAAAAGCAAUAUGAAAAUCAGCCAUCAUGGAAAAAUGUUCACCAAAAUGCGCAUAUGCUGAUUCCUACUCCAGAUAAAGAUGAUGAUCCAGUUGGCAUUGAUUACUCUCCCUUUAUAGAGCUAAGUGUUGUUCCAACUAGAGCUUCACCAUUACCAGUGUUAGGCUGGGCGAACAGAGAGGAUGUAUGGAAAAACAUGAUAAACAAAGAAGAGACCUAUGUGAGGGAUAAACUUUACAUGCAAAGGCACCCUCUCCUGCAACCUAAAAUGAGAACAAUUCUUCUAGACUGGCUGAUGGAGGUUUGUGAAGUCUACAAGCUUCAUAGAGAAACUUUUUAUUUAGCACAAGAUUUCUUUGAUCGGUUUAUGGCAACACAACAGAAUGUUGUAAAAACACUAUUGCAGCUUAUUGGUAUCUCUUCUUUAUUUAUAGCAGCAAAGCUUGAGGAAAUUUAUCCACCAAAGUUGCACCAGUUUGCCUAUGUUACAGAUGGAGCUUGUACAGAAGAUGAAAUCCUCAGUAUGGAAUUGAUCAUUAUGAAGGCUCUUAAUUGGAACUUAAAUCCACUGACAGUUGUAUCCUGGCUAAACAUUUACAUGCAAGUUGCUUAUUUAAAUGAGCUUUAUGAGGUAUUGCUGCCACAAUAUCCACAACAAAUAUUUAUACAAAUAGCAGAGCUCUUGGAUCUCUGUGUGCUGGAUAUUGGCUGCUUGGAAUACACAUAUGGAGUACUUGCAGCUUCUGCUUUAUAUCAUUUCUCCUCAUCGGAGCUGAUACAUAAAGUUUCAGGUUAUGAAUGGUGUGAGAUAGAGGAAUGUGUAAAAUGGAUGGUUCCAUUUGCAAUGGCUAUAAGGGAAGCAGGAAGCUCCAAACUCAAACACUUUAGAGGUGUAGCUCCUGAAGACUUGCACAAUAUACAGACGCACAUAAAUAGCUUGGAUUUGCUGGACAAAGCUCAAGCAAAACAAGCCAUAUUGGCUGAACAAAAUAGGACUUCACCUUUCCCCACUGGUGUCCUUACACCACCGCAGAGUAGUAAGAAACAGUCUUCUGGACUGAAGCCAAUAUGACUAUAGAAAUGGUUGACAGACAGUUUUGCUGAAGUGCCUGUUCUGCUGGUUCUUACUCCUGCUCCAUUAUGGAAAUGCUGCCAGUGAAGUUCAUAAGCUUUUAUGGAACCUGAAAAGGAAACCUUACUUUUUUUGGUGACAGAAGAAUUUUUCUAUUUGAAAUAUUUUUAUUGAACAUUAAAAUAUUUUAAAGAUAUUGAUCAAGUACACCAGCCACUUAAAUGAACACCGAAGAGUGCUCCAAAUGCUGCUAUGGAGGGUGAUGCUUGAUGUGACCAGCUGUUCAGAAAAAGGGCUUGGUUAGUCACUGUGCCUGUUUGUCCUUUGGAUAAUGUGCAGUCGUACUGUCCUCUGACAAAUGGGCAAAA